CUUCACAAAAUGGUAGUGCAUUAAGGAGGGAAUUCUCAGGAGGAAGCUACGGGACAAAACGGCAACCUAUGACCUCUCCCUCAGAUGGUUCAUUGUCUUCUGGAGGUAUGGACCAAGGAAGUGAUGUGCCAGCAAGGGACUAUGACCGAGAGGACUCUGAUUCUCCGAGGCAUUCUACAGCUUCCAACAGCUCCAACCUCAGCAGCCCUCCCAGCCCCAUUUCUCCUCACAAGACCAAGAGCCUCUCUCUGGAGAGCACUGACCACUGCAACACCUUUGCAGUGACCCUGAGGAGUGCCUGGAGGAAAGGGACCAGAAUGGUUAAAUCACUUGAGAGCCAGCCAUGGCUGGGCUAGCUGAAGAAAAGGAGGCAGUAUUGAGGGAAAGGGGAAUGGAGACACAAUAAAGGACCAGAAAUAUUUGAAGGAAAUGCGGAGAAUUUAAAACUUUAUUUUGCUUGUCCCCAGAAGGCACACAUACAAGCGAUGAGUAAAAGUGGUAGAGAAACCGAGUUAGAAGAGGCAGCCGCCUUCUCCAGGGUGGCCGCCUCUCCCCAUGCCAGCUCCUCCCGGAAGAGGUCCCCAAGUCUGGGAGAUGGGGGAGGCCUGUCGGCUUUAGGAUUUGUGCUGGAUGGCUAAAAACCCACCUAAUGCGCUCUCUGGCCGGCCCCGACCAUUCCGUCCCGCUCUCCACCCCCUGAGGACCCCUCGCUGUCUGCCCUGUCUGUCCCCUACAUAUGCUGUUCCCUUUUCACUUCUUACUCUGGGAACAAUGACGUUGAUAUUGUAAAGGAUGGGACAAAGUACAGGCCUGGCUUUUCUCCGCCAGCCCCUCUGCCCAGCCCCGGUUCCCUGCUCCGGCCACCCUCCCACUGGCUCUUUUCCAGUCCCCGAGCCCGGUGUGCUGUUUAGUCAGUUCCCCCUUGGCAGGAGGGGAAAGUCCCUCCCAGGGCCAGCACUCUGACCCUCGGCAACCCCCCAGCAGAACGACGGGGCUCUCCCACUCGGACUUGUAUCUUUUGGGGACGUGAUAAAACAUUUGUUUAGGAGAAAACACAGCGGCCGUUUCCUUCUGAGAAUUAUCCUGGUGGUCAGUGGCUAGUUCUGUGUAACCAUCAGGGAGCCGCCAGACAGAAAUCCAUUGUUUCCUUUGAUAUUGGUAAAGUCUCUCAAAAUAGCAGCAAGCCCUCCUGGUGGGGCAGAGAAGGCUUAGUGGAGUCACCGGGACCGAAUGGCAGAGGUUUUAACAGCUGUGAUGGAGGCCCCCUUCCCAUCUACAGCCCCCUCCCUCCAAGCCCUUAUUUAAGAGUUCAUCAUUUUAACAAAGCGCCUAGAGCCGUAGCAUGUGGACCAGUAUGGCAGUGAUUAAAGCAACUAACACUGAUGUAGUGCUUGGACAAAAUGGGUGCUGUGGGGGGGAUAAAUACAAAGUUCCUUUUUAUUUUUUAUCCUGAGUCAUAUUAUUUUAAAUCCUUUAAGUUGACUCGGGUAGAGAGAAGUAGAAAGAAUUUGGCUCAGAGUGGCAAAAAAAGAUGAAAGUUCAUUUCCUUCACCUGCUGGGAAUUGUUUUUAAUUUGGCAUUUUCUAGGGAGCCCAACCGUGUGUUCUCCCUUGACAUAUCGUCCAAUGCGCCAUCUGUGCCUCUGCUUUUUCUCUAAGAAAGAGCUGCAUGGGUGGAAACAAGCCUCAAGGCACAAACUCUUAAUUCAGAAUAACCUUCAGUGUGCCAAGGCCUGGGCGGGCUAGAGCAGCCUGAGGCCCACAUUCAGGCCCAACAAGGUGGAGCUCCUUCUCUGUGCUUACAGUUUCCUGCAGCCAGCCUAGCCUGGAGCAGACGGGCUAGAACAGCUCUAGGCUUCACCCUCUCUGGAGGAAAGAGAACCGGCCGCUUCACUCACUAAGUUCCCUCAACUGGACAUUUUCAUAUUUGCAGACAACUCGGUCCAUCCCCCAAAAUGUGUCCAAAAGAGACUCGGAUCUUCUCUCUCCUGGCUCGCAGGUGUCUCUUCUCCCAGGGGAGCUCCUCAGGAGCACGGGCCGUCCCUUUUACGGGUGUCCUCCCCAUCUCCCCUCUGCACCUCCCAGCCUUGGGGCUUUAACUCUAGGCCCAGAAUGAGAGCCCCAUUUAAAACCACCUUUGUGGGCUCCGGAGCCAAACAUCAGGCCUCUGGUGGGGCAAAGUAAAGGAAGGUGGCGCAGGGGAGGC